GCCCCUUUACACAACUCGUUAAAGAGAUACUGACGGUCAGAAAUCCUAAUCAUGAACCAGUGGCAUUCAAGGUCAAAACCACAGCACCCAAACAAUAUUGUGUGAGACCAAAUUCUGGUAGAAUUGAAGCUGGCCAGAGUGUAUCUGUACAAGUCAUCCUGCAGCCAAUGAAAGAAGAUCCUCCACCAGAUUUUAAAUGUAAGGAUAAAUUCUUGGUGCAAAGCGUUGCCAUUACACCAGAUCGAGAAACAUUAAAUCUACCGGAACUGUGGGCGAUAACUGAAAAGCAAUCAAAAGAGUUGAUUAAAGAGAGUAAAAUACGUUGUGUCUAUCUUCCUGCCCCUGGAACAGUACAAGCAGUCAAUCAACCGACUUCACCUGUCAAUCCAACACAUGCGCUGCCGCAACAGGAUUUGCAGAACCAAACAUUUGUUCAAGCUGAACAGACAAGGGCUGCAUCUCCCGUUGAACAACAGACAUAUUCCACUUACCCCACAAUAAAUGAGAAACCACCGGCGGCCGCUGUAUCCUAUGAUGCCCAGCCAAUUUCAACGGUUAAACAUGAACAUCGGCCAGUGCCGGUCAGCGUGUCCAAUGGACAUACUCGAUUAAGACGCCAAUUGUACGAAGCACAAGAAGAGAACAAAAGGCUUAAUCAUAUAAUCGAUAAUUAUAAACAAGAUUUGAAUGCCGCACAACUGAGACAACGCAAAAGUGAGGAGAUUGCUGAGAAAGCAACCCGAAAUAUCUCGCCGACGAGUGCUGGUUAUCCAGCAAUUAGAACCCAAGAGAGGAUUCCAGAAGGGUAUUAUCCAUUUGAAGUGGUGAUUGGUGCAGCUAUCGGUGCCUUUUUGUUUGGUGUAUUGUUCUUUUGA